AUGGCAGCUGAUUUGGCGCCUGUGCUUAUAGCUGUGAUAUUCUUCGUACUGUUAUCACCGGGACUUUUAUUCCAGCUUCCUGGAAGGCAUAGGCCCAUUGAGUUCCUCAACAUGCACACAAGCGGACUCUCCAUUCUUGUCCACACCAUCAUCUUCACUGCUGUCAUUACCAUCAUCCUUAUUGCCAUUGGCUUCCAUGUCUAUGUCGGGUAG